GACCUAAGGGGUUCCCAGUGCAGGUAGGCUAGCUGGCUACUUUCGCUUCAGACGCUCAUUCACUAGGUCUUGAACUCGGCGCCAUCGCGCUUCGCGAUUGUCCCAGCUGCUGGGUCUAUGUCAGCAGAUAAGACUCCGUUAUCUUCCAUAACACGUGUAAGCUCGUCUUAAACGUUUGGUGGUCGAAGAGAAUAAGAGGAUAGCUAACAGUAGGAAUUCUUAGACAGCUGCUUCGACUAAACUUUACCUCUUACAAAGGCCGGGAAUGAAGGCUGCUAUGGCGAUGUGCGUGUUUGCGUGUCUGUUCCUGUGCGUGGACGUGUGCGUGGUUCUAUCGCUCGGAGUGGCCCGGCUACUCGUCCAACAUGCUUUUGUCACUAUGUGGGUUGGCGGCCUGUUGAGAUGGGGCCUCCUCCUUCUCGUAACCUGUUAUUACCCCGACAGUCCGGCCUGGAUGAGGAGCUUUGAGGGGUUCCAGACUGUGACCGUGCACUGUUUAUUAUACCCAGCCUACGGCACCCUCCUCUGGGCCUGUGGCCGGUCGACGGUGGAACUCUUCUGGGGUUGGCAAACCUGGCAAGGGCUGCUGCAAGGUUACGCUGUUAUGGCACUGUCUCUCCUGCUGUGGACACGCUACGUGCGCUCCAUCUUCUCGAAGGCCUCUGCCCCGGCCCGGACGAAGGGACAGGGCUCCAUCCAGAGGCUGCUCAGCUACGUGACGCCAUUCCGCUACCGCUUCAUUGCUAUCAUCUUCCUAGUGUUCAUUUCUUCUCUUGGGGAGAUGGCCAUUCCUUAUUACACGGGGAAAAUUACUGACUGGAUCAUGAAAGAGGAUGAGCCGGAGGCUUUUAGUAACGCCAUCAAGAUCAUGUCGAUCCUGACCAUCAUGAGUGCUGUGUUCGAGUUCUUGUGCGACCUCAUUUACAACAUCACCAUGAGCCUCAUUCACACCUCCAUUCAGAAGCAGGUCUUCGAGUGUGUGCUGAAACAGGAGGUCGCCUUCUUUGAUCACACUUCAACAGGGGAGAUUGUGUCCCGGAUCACCACGGACACCAACACCAUGAGCGAGUCCCUAAGCGAGGAGCUGAACAUUCUCAUAUGGUACUCCAUGCGCCUGCUCUUCCUCUAUGGUUUCAUGCUGCUCCUCUCCGUCCGACUCUCCAUCUUUACAGUCCUCGGACUUCCCAUCAUCUGGAUCAUCCCAGAGUUUUCUGGAAGGUUCCUCCAGGGACAUUCCGUGAAAGUUCAAGACUCUCUUGCCAAGGCGAACAAAGUUGCCACGGAGACAUUCUCCUGCAUGAAAACAGUGAAGAGCUUUGCUAACGAGGACGGUGAGACGGAGCGCUACCGGAUGCACCUGGAAGCUACCUACGCGCUGAAUAAAGUGGAAGCCGCGGCUUACACUGCCUCCACCUGGACUAACAGCAUGUCCAAUCUGGCCUUGAAAGUCAGCAUCCUAUACUAUGGGGGGCAGCUGGUGGCAGGAAGGGAUGUCAGCAGUGGCGAUCUGGUGGCCUUCGUCCUGUAUGAGCUUCAGUUCAGUUCUGCCUUGGAGGCUCUGAUUUCCUACUACCCUCACGUGAAGAAGGCCAUCGGUGCUUCAGAGAAGAUCUUUGAGUAUGUGGACCGAAAACCUGACAUUCCACCUGAAGGAACCUUAGCUCCCGAUGCACUCGAGGGUCACGUGCGCUUCAACAAUGUUACCUUCGCCUACCCCAGCAGGCCUGGUGAGAACAUCCUCAAGGGCGCCUGUCUGGAGCUCAAGCCGGGCAAGAUCACCGCACUCGUGGGUCCAUCUGAUGGGGGGAAGAGCACCAUCGUCAGACUGCUGGACAGGUUUUAUCAUCCUCAGAGUGGCGAGAUCCUGCUGGAUGGAAAACCGCUGCAGAGCUACAGGGAGCAGUAUCUGCACGAGAAGAUUAGUGUGGUCGCUCAGGAGCCCAUGCUCUUUGCCCGCUCCAUCACGGAGAACAUCAGAUAUGGGAAGGAGGAUGUAACAGACGAAGAAGUGGAGGCUGCUGCCAAACUUGCUCAUGCACACAAAUUUAUCAGCGACUUUCCAAAGGGCUACGACACUGAUACUGGUGAAAAAGGCAGCAAGGUGUCUGGAGGUCAGAGACAGCGAAUAGCCAUAGCGAGAGCUCUGAUUCGGAGACCACAGAUCCUUGUGCUGGAUGACGCUACAAGCGACCUGGACACAGAGAGCGAACACAUGGUGUACCAGGCACUACUGCGCGACUCAUCCCGCCGCACCGUCCUGCUCAUCACACACCGGGCAAGUGGUGCCCAGAUCGCCGAGCACGUCCUGUUCCUGCGCGCGGGCGAGGUGGUGGAGCAGGGCACCCAUGAUGACCUGGUGCGCAAGAAUGGUGCCUACGCCGAAUUCCUGCGUCAGCAGAACACGACCUUCCACCGCUACACAGACGCCGAAGCCGCAGACCUGCCUUUGGCGUAGGCCUGCUGCACGGAACCUCAGAAUUAGCCAACGCCUAAUUCUGAAUCUACAUCUGUCAUUGUGCUAGAUAAGCGUGAUGUAUUGUAAUGUGGACUGUAUUAUGAACUGAUUGUCAUAGCUGGUACCGGGUCAGAUUUUCAGCAGGACUGGGGUGGGUUAUGUACUAUAAAAGUGCAGAGGGCUGAAAGAUGCUACACAUCUAAGGGAUCUCCAUACUUGAGCACCCAGAUGCUAGAGCCAAAUGUUACAAAGAGCCUAAGUUAAGGUAGUCUCUAUGUAGACUCGAAUUGAGGGUAAUGACACAUCAUUAUUAAGCAGGACAAUAUUAUAAUCAUGUACACAAAUGUACAUGUUAGAAGUGUUAGAAUAACAGUUGCCUUAAAGUAUCUAAAUAAAGUUUAUUACUUUGAGACAGAAUUUACAAAAUAUGUGAGGUGUUCAGUGUGCUUUCAAAGGGAGGAAGGGAGGAAAUCUGAACUUGUUUUGGGGUUUUCUGUGAAGAAAUGUGUGAUGUUGUUUGAGUCACACCAUAGACAGCUUAUUGACCUUUUUUGUUAUUGCAUUUGGAUUCUUUCCAAAAGUUUUGAUAUUGAUUUUGUAUUUUAUGCCUUCAGUUUAUGUAAAUGCUAGGAUUUUAAAAUUAGGUAUAAAUAUCACAAACAUUUCCUUGAAGAUCAGCAAUUCCAACAUUAUUUCCAAAUAGUCCACGUGUAACAGUAGUAUAAAUGUUUUGUAUAUCUCCUUUAAGUCUCACUUUUCCCUUGAGCAGGUUUAUCACAUCUUGGAAUUUUGUUCAUGAUUGGCAGCAAUACAUUUUUUGUUGUUGUUUUGUUGCUUUAUCAAAAAGAGUAAGCUCAGGUAUUACUCUGAAACCUCCCCAAGGCCAGUUAAUAAUUUUUACAUUUAGUGAAUGUUUAGUUUCUUUUGCUCAGUCUGUAAGUCUAUAGGUUUAUUUCCUGCGAGUAGAUGUUAUAUAAUAAUGAAGUAGGUAUUCAUUGAAAUAAAAGUAGAUAAAUAAUUAUGUUUAAAAGCUGUUUGAUUUGAAAAGACGACCACUGCUUUUGUACCACACGAGAUACGCGUACAAAACAAACAAUACCUGGCAAUCCUAACAACCUUUAAAUGUAAUUUGUACCUUUCAUAGUUUUUGUUAAUAAAGUUUUAGGCACAAAACAGUCA